AUGCGGCUCGCCGCACCCAUCCUCCUCGCAGCCGCCGUUGCGGCGCGUGACACUUUGCACGAAUCACUGACCCUUCAUCCACUGCCAGACGGCAAGCUCAGCGUCCUCUUCGAGUUCACGACCCAGUUCGACCUCCACCACGGGGAAGGGUCGACACACCAGAGCCACCACGCGCUCACUCCACCUGGACUGCUCCUCCCGCUCGAGAGGAACAAUGUCUCAGAGCUCACAGUCUCGUUCACGUCUGGGCAGUGGCAUGCGCGCCGACACGGCGAGGCUGGCCCGCUAGCAUACGAGGCGGGCGGCGGAGGCGGAAGCGUGCGUGGCUGGUUGCGCGGCGCGCCGGCUGAGACGGACGCUGCUUGGGACGCGGUCACGCACGCGUUUGGAGGCAUGUUCUGCGCCGGCGUUGUCGGCGCCGAGGAUUCGGGCAAGGCCAUUCGUACCUUCGGCGAGCUGUAUCCUCCAGCCCACGAUGGCGAGAACGCCUCCCACUACCUCGUCUCGACGCCGCACCUGCAUCUCUGCACGGAGAACCUCACACCCUUCCUUUCUCUCCUGCCCAGCAAGGGCCUUUCCGGCCUCUCAGCGCUUCUGGCCAAGCCAGGCGUCGUCCUCUCCUGGGGCUUCAAGACGGAGGGCAUCGACGUGGUGAUGCCCACGGCUGAUGCGCCAGGAUCCUGGAGGGGAUGGUGGGAAGGUGUAGUGGACUUGGUACCGAUGCGCAACGACGCGCGCGACUUCACCAUCCACAAGCUCUUCCAGCAGCUCGUGCCUCGCCCAUUCCCAGCGGCUUCUAGCUCUGUGAUCCGUGUCGUCCGCCCGCGGGGCGAGCACUUCAGCUCGGACCCGGCGCCGGCCCGCUCCGUCAAGCAAUGGAUGGACGGGAGGCAGCGCGUGGUCGACGAGUGGGAUCUGGCCGACGUAUCGGGCAGGGACAUGGGGUUCUGGUGGGACGGCGAGGGACAUUUCCAGCACCCACUCUCCUUCGAGCCACCUUUUGUGACGAUCUCGCGCGUCGCCGCGGAUAGGAACGCUGCGGACGCGACGCUGGUCAUUGACAUCACGAACAAUGCCGACGUUGACAGGCCAGUAGUGUACUCGGAGGUGUGGCCUUGGUGGGUCAAGGGCUGGAUGAGCGAGAUGACAGUUCGCGUCGACGGCAAGGACAAGCGUGGCCUCCUCCGCGGAGUAGAGUACAUGCCCUCGGUCCCGCCCACGCCCUCGACAACCACGCUUCACCUCCACCUGACACUGCCAGCUCACAGCGUGCUGCGCGUCUCGAUUCCCUUCACCAAGCUCACGCUCAAGUAUGAUGACCACCGACCAGACGCGGAACGCGGCCGCGAGAUCCCGCCAGGCGUGCUCACGCUGCUCGAUAUCGAGGGUGAGGAUGGCGAAGAUGGCGAAGGGGACGGGGACGUCGACCACCGCCGUUCGUCCCGCCGGCACGUGUAUGCCGCCAAGCUGCUGCUUGACGUGCCGACGCCCGACUUCUCGAUGCCGUACAACGUCAUCAUCAUGUCGUCGACGGUCAUGGCCGUCUUCUUCGGCUCGCUCCAGGGCCGUCUCGUGCGCCGCUGGGGGUGGGUCGAGAUCGAGCCGACACCGGAGGAGGCGGCGACCGAGCAGGAGCAGGUGCCCGAGGCGGAACCUCUGUUCCCGCGCGGCGAGAAGGUUUCAUACGACAUGCUCGAGGAGGACUUGAACGCCAACGACACAGACUCUGACGCCGAGGAAGCAGGUUAG